CAGACUUGACAUCUGUGUUUUCCUCAUUUGUCAUAAAUAGUGUUAUAGUAUCAUCCGUAGCAAAUUAUACAACGUGAUUUUGCAGAUAAGAUGUUAAUUUAUAUCCGCUUGUGUAAAAUUUUGUAACGAGAAACGGUCAUUGUAGACGAUAAAGCCUGUAUAAUGGAUAAUACAAUUGAGAGCAUAUAUGAUUCAUACGAAGAACCUUUUAACGAGAUAGGAUAUACACAUCUUGGAACCAUUUCAAUUCAUCAUCAAAACUAUGACGACUUACAACCAACAAGUUCAAAUGAAAACUAUUCAUCUGUCAUUGCUGAUAACAAAUGUCGAAUAAAAUUAUGGAUUGCGUUCACUACAGUUAUUAUAUUAGCAUGUGCAUUUGCAGCUGGACUUACGUACAUGGUAAUACAAUCUCGAUACAAUACAAAAGUUGAUAUUCCUUCAAAAGAAAGCACAAAUAACGGAAAAAAAAGCGAAAAUAACGGAAAUGAAAGCACAGGUUUUCAGAUAUCAGAAAGUUGGACAAAAUGUCCAAAUGACUGGAAGAAAUUCGAAGAUUGGUGUUAUAAAGAGUUUUCAGAAAAGCGAACAUGGUUUCAAGCUCGUGAUUAUUGUCGAAGUAUUGGAACUGAUCUUGUUAGUGUUCAUAAUGAAAAGGAAACCAAUUUCCUUAUCAACAGUUUUACCCGGAAGUUUCUGUGGAUAGGACUCAGCAAUUUCAAAAACAAUGGGAGUUAUAUGUGGAGUGACGGCACGAGUUUAGAUUAUACUUAUUGGGGACGAACUGAACCGAAUGACGUUAAUAAUAACGAAAACUGUGCACACCUUUUUCUUUCAAAGUCUAAAAAGUGGAAUGACAACAGUUGUUUUAUGUCGUUUAGAUUUAUAUGCAAAAGACAAAUUUAUCCAAGAUGUGGAUCUGGUGUGUGGGUAUAUUAUAAGAAUUCUUGUUAUUCAAUAAAUACAGCACUUGCUAAUUUUGUUGAUGCCCGUAAUUCUUGUAAGAAAAAUAAUGCAGAUUUAGUUAUCAUUCGUUCUAAAGAGGAACACAAUUUCAUAAUAAGUCAAACUACUAAGCACUCGUCUGGUGCCGAUUUUUGGAUUGGAUUACAGAGACUUAGUAAUCUGAAAUAUAAAUGGAUAGAUGGUAGUAAUACGAAUUACCUCCCUUGGCUUGAAAAACCAAGAGGAGAUGAUACCUUGUGUAUCAAAUCUUCUUUCGCGCUUGGAACAUGGUUAGGUGAUUAUUGCAAAAAAACAAAUCGUUUUAUUUGUGAAAAACAAAUAAGUUGAAAUACAUAACGUUGACAACCUAAUUAUUCUAGAAAAAAUAUCAAUAGAACGCUGUUCCAGCUAUGAAAUA